AUGGGCAUAGCAGGCGAACCAGAUUACUUCGCUCUUGGUGCAAAGCCACGGAGACGGGGUGCAACGCGCGAGUUCGUUAAUGGGAGAUCUUCAGUGGAUAGCGUUGGUCCUCAAUCUCUUGACAUGCAAAGUGUAACCGAAAGUAAUCCUGUUACCCUGGCAGGCCAGCUCGGGAUCGAACCUGUUGAGCCGAACUCUGCAAUCAUGCUUGCGGAAACCACUGAGCACAUGGAAGGAAUACAUGAAACAGAAGAAGAGAGUAGCAUGUCGACACCAAUCACCACAGCGAAGGAGGUAGUGGGACAUGGAUCUCAUCCUGGAGAUAUUGUUGAAAUUCAAAAGAAAGUGGAAGAGCAAGCUGGGGAAGACACCAGGGAAGCGAGAAUAUUCAGAUAUAACAGCGAACUUCUUUCCGUUGACUGGACCCGAGUGCGGGACCUGUUGCCAGAGUCUUGGAAGUGGGAUGUGGAAUACCAAAAUCAGUGCUGGACGUGUACGCCACUCGAUCUACACACACCAGAAAAUUAUCCCCUCGAAAUUUCAGGAAGUCCAGUUGUCUUGCCUGUGGAACAUCAUUGGCCACCUGUGGGUGGUAUCAACCCGCCACCCGAUCCGCGGUCAUCAGCACCGAUUGACUGCAGAUCUGCCUUAUCAUUAAAUGUGGCACGCGACGUAUUUUUGACUUUUGAAGGAAGUGUAGGAUUCUAUCUGCUGAUCAAUGGUUUACUACAAAUCAUCGUUCCGGAAAAGUUUGAUGUUGUGUGGGCUGCGUCGCAUCUCCCGCACAAAUAUGGGGGCCUGAAAGUCUGCUACAUUGAUCAGAACUUGAAGCCGACUAUGAUGCCACUCGCUGUCACCGCGACAUCACAAUCGAAGCCAAUGAUCACAUUGAAAGGCGUGGGGCUGUCCAAAAUAUUCAAGACAUCGCGCACGUCCAGGGAUUUGUCAGGGCGACCACUUAAACUCAACGACUUCAUUGAAGCACGGCUGAAAGGCACUCAUCGCAAAGAAAAUUAUGCAGCUCGGAUCGGACUAAAAGUGGCCAAAGCUGAAGAGCCAUACUUGGUCAUGUCGACACACGUUAUUACCGAAGCGAUUUUGGCCAAGUCACACCGCAAGUCAAUUUUUCCUCGUAGUCGUGGUCGGUUCGAUAAGCUAGAUGAUGAUUGGAAUAGACACAUCAGCAUCUGGGCAUACAACGAGAGAAUUGGCACCAUUGACAGAAGUUUCGACGACGGAGCUGAGACUUACCCAAACGGCUUUCGUCACGAUGUCACUUUGAUCAGACCUUCUACACCUGCUUCGAUCAAGGAUAUGACAUCUCCAAUACCAGACAUCGGCUGGCUCAACAAGGACUCAUGGAACGCACUUCGACAACAGACAUCUGCAGUAAAAUUUCUAGGCCCAAUUGAAGCACAUCGUUCAGCAAAAAGUAUCAGAAGCAGUCAUCCAUCGGAGAUCUUGGUUGUUGGAGAGGGCAUAUUUCUUAACCAAACAGCCGCGGCUGGAAAUUCAAAGUCUCUUGAAGACAGUGAUAGGUCGACAUGGCAUAGUCUUGUGUCGCGCGCACUUCUAUACCGCGUACAUCCGGAUUUUGACCCGCCUAGUGGAUACAGCGGCGUCGCGCUCUACACCGACGGCACGCGACAAGACGGUACUAUCGGACCUGGCAUUGUUGGCUUUCAGAGCUUUGUGCAGCGAAGUGGCCAUGUACAAAGUUUCAAUAUGGAGGGUCCGGCAUUAGAUAGGAGACUGCAAUUGGGUCGUGUGGCGUUUUACGGUGCGUUCGAAGUGCCUGAAGAGCUGAAGCGAGACUACACAAUUGUAUGA